UAUUUUGACAGUUUCUUAACUUUCCAGCCGUGUGUUUUAUUUUGCGGAAAAGAAAAAGGGAUUUCGGGGAUUUUCUAGGCAGCGCAAGACGAUGGCAUCCAAAGGAGCAGCCUCGGACACGGGGGGCGUAAAGCCCAUGGCCAUCGGGGGGCGAAUGGUGCGCGAGAGGGAGCGCCUCUUCGGCAUGAGUGAUGUUGAGCGAGCCUGGCGAAAACAAUUCCUCAAGGAUCAAAUUCUCGCUCCCCAUGAACCCGUGCACGUGCCACAGUACCACCAGGAACUCACCAAUCCCAUCCGCCGCUUCUAUCAAUGGCCAUUGAAUAAAUUGUGGGAGAAAUUGACUCCUUCCAUUGGUGGCUACCGUGCCUACUGCACCCGAUUCUGGAUUGGCAAGGGACUGAUGACUUUCAGUCUACUCUACGCCACCUUCUACUACUUUAAAUACAACACAAACGACUGGACUAGAAAGGGAGGUUGGCGAGUCAUUAAAUCCCGUCGUGCUGUUGUUCCGGGAGAAGCCAACUAUCCGGCUGUGUCGGACCGAACGAAGCCUUCUGACUACGCUGCUCGUGGCUUCAAAGAGUCCCCCAUAUAAAUCCUCCAAAUAGAUUUUUUUCCGGAUGAAUCAGUUAAUAGAUAAUGUUAUGUACAUUAA